UUGGAGUCAGUGAUCAAAAAAUUCCUCCUUCGCCGAGGAACUUUAAGAUUUCCAGUUCAGGCUACAGAAUUUUGUGUAGAGGCGAGAGGGAAGCCCUCCUACAUAUUAGCCAUAGUUGAAGUUAAUCUGGACGCAGUUAUAAUAACUUUCGAAGGACUUGAAAGGCAGGAAAGGAUUGAGAAAUGUAGAAUAAGAUUUGGAAAAACUCUAGAAAAGGGAUCUGUAGUUGAAGAUGAAGUGGUAAAGUUAGAAACUGGAAGGAUUCAUUGGGUAUGGCCGAGAUGUGCUCGUGAUUCCAUCCAUACGGCUAUUGCAGACAACAUUCCUUUCAGAGAAAGGGACAUAGUGGAAAAGUUAAUGAAACUGAGAGAAGAUUCAGUAGAGGGGCUGGACUUGAGAGUAAUAUGGGAGAGGGAGGAGAGGAAGGCAGAAGACAAAGUACAGAUACAACAGAAAGAAGUUAAGACAAUUUUACAGUAA